AUGCAUAGAGAGAGCGAUGCUGGCUUCAGUUCGCCUGCUUCACACCUAUGGGCCCCAGGGACGAGUUUGGCCAAAGGAGCCAGACCUUUCCAUCUUCCCGGCAAUACGGGAGAUGUGCAUCUUGGUCAGCAGAGCUGCUUGAUUCUCGCGUUGGUCCUACUGGCCACAAGAGGACAAUUGCGGAAAUUGGUCAGAAGUGCACAGAGGAAACGCACCCAAACGAGGGCAUUGUGUUACAAGCCUGGGUCAGAAACUGCACAGGAAGUUGCAAUCAAGUCGGGACCGCAGAAGGUGAUCUUGGUUUGCAUUUUCCUGCACCUCCUUGGCUUCACAAUGGGUGGCCCAAUCCUGCCAUCUCUGCUGCAUCACUUCGACCUGCAAGCCGCCUCAACAUGGAAGAUUGCAGCUGCCUUCCCCUGCGGCAUGUUCUUUGCUGUCCUGGUGUUUCCAUAUCUCAGUGAUCAGAUCGGCCGCCGACCAGUUCUGAUGGUUUCCUACUUUGGAGUCGGAGUUUUCUUCAUCCUCCAAGCUCUCUUUGUGUGGUUAAAACGGCUGCCACUCUUUGUGCUGAUGCGGUGUUGCAGCGGGGCCUUCGCUGGAGCUUCCACAGUGGUGAAGGCCUACAUUGCAGACGAGGCAGACCCAAAGGAUUUACCUCAGUGGAUGGCACAUCGGGAAGCUGCUGCGACGUGCGCCUUUAUUGUAGGGCCCCUUGUGGGGGGAUAUGUCCUCGAACUCACAAGCCUAGAAACCGUUUUGGUGCUCAUUGCAGCGUCCUCCAUGUUGGCAGGGCUGCUAGUCCAGCAUUGGCUCAUUCCCAAUGCGCCACGUCGCACGGCCUCUCAAUCGCCUGAAAAACAGGUUGAAGAAGCCAGUGGAGAGGGUUCGGCGGAUUCGACGGAUUCGGCUGAUUCAACGCCAUGGCUUCCCAUCGUCACAAUGAUGGGCGUGACAUGUGCCUACAAUUUCGGACAGUCCUUCUUUGAUGGCUUCUUCCCGGUUCUGUUCACCUCCAGGUUUAGCUCGGAUGGUCGCCACCUCGGCUGGGUGCAGACUGGCCUUGCGGUUCUCGUUUUUGUCGUAACCUACUACUUUUACACGCCUUUGGUGCGUCGCCUUCGGCUCGUUCAUGUCGCCGUUCUGGGUCUCGCGAUGAUCGGACUUGGCGUGGCCAUGUUGGGAGUACCGCUGAUGCCCCAUCUCGUCGCCUCUGGGGUCCUGCUGUACGCUGUUGGCGUGCCACUAUAUGCCCCGAGCGUUCCGACAAUAAUGGCCCGUUGCGCCCCUCGUCGUCGGCGGGGCCUGGUCAUGGGAAUGGAGUCAGCAGUCAACAGCUUGGCUCGGAUUGCUUCACCAGUGCUGCUGGGCCAGCUCUACGAGGCAAGCCCAGAACAUGCGUUCCUGCUUGUCGGCCUGGUCGUACUGGUGGGUGCAAUGGUCAUGGCAAAAGAGUGGCUCGGGCGUAACUGCAUCUCAGUACAUGUUCUAGAAUUCUCCUCCCACAGUCACUCACAGUCAAGGCAUGAGCUCCCCUGCGCCCUCCAGGUUCGGGCCACUGGUCGCGGCUGCAUUACGGGCAACACCAUUCUCCGGAAUGGAGCUGGCGGCUUGCUCGUAGAAUCCGCGCGGCGUGCCGUCACGACAAUCGUUCGAAACCGUGUAUGGGCCAACAGCGGAUGUGACCUGCGGCAGUCGCCCACUUCGACUGGCCUGCUGGCAGGGAAGGCAGCUGCGGUCAUCUUGGCGAACACAGUGGGGCAUCAGGACAGCCCAUCUGCAAAUCAUGGCAUGGAGCUUACAGCGAAUUGGCCACAGCGCGUGGUGACCAACCCGCGCGACCUGCGCGCCGCCGUUCGAGAAGCUCCGUCAGACAGCUUCAUCUUCCUCCAACUGCAAGGCAAAGUUGUGCUCGAGGAGCCCCUUGUGUUGGACAAGCCCGUGAUACUGUCAGGUGAGACCCUGGCCGGCGAUUCAGGCGAACGUGGAGAACUCCGUGGACCACCUGGUGGAGCUGUGGUUGUGGUCCAACCCGGCGCCGAGAGCUGUGUGCUUUGGCGCUUGAACUUGGCUCUUUCAAACGGGCCCAAGUCGGCAUCGACGCCCGCCAGCUGUGUACAGGUGCAGGCGGGACGUCCGGUGCUGGUGGACUGCGACCUGCAUGCGCAAAGCCAGCUGGACAGUUCUGAUGUGUCGACGCACUGUGUCCGGGCAGCUGGCGCCGAGUCCAAGCUGUUGCUCAUUGGUUGCUCGCUGACAAGCGCGACAGGAAACGGCGUGCUGCUGGUAGAUGGAGCUUCGGCGUCGUUGGUAAGAUGCCAGGUCAAGGGCAAUCGCCAAGGCGGUGUCUUUCUUGCAGACAACGCCUCCUUGCUGGCAGAAUCGUCGGACAUUAGCCGUUGGAAAUGGGCACUUCGGUGUGGUGGCUGGCAACAGGUGGAGGACAUAGUAAAUAUUCACGCAGAUAGCGACGACUAUGUCACCGAAGUGGUGGACGUCACAGGCGGCAGUGAUGAAGAGGACUUGGUGGAGGUAAAGGCAGGAGGCUUUGCUGUCAAAGCGGUGGAUCUGCGAAGGUUACAUCUCCAGCCCAAUGCAGAGCGUGAGGAGAAGAAGCUCAGCCGAGAGGUUGAGAUUCUGAAGUUGGUGGACACCUUCGAAGAAGGUGAAUGGUUCCUCUUGGUUCUCGAGCUUGUUGGCGGUGGAGACUUGUACACUGUUUUGACAAAUCGAGAACCGCCCCGACUGCACGAGCGCGAGGCGGCUUUCGUCCUGGCGCAGCUGGCUGACGGACUUGCAUUUCUGCACGGUCAGGGUGUGAUCCACCGGGACAUGAAGCUGGAGAACGUGUUGGUUCAUGGAGAGCGACGAGAGCGGCCGCUGAUUCUCUACACCGUGAAGAUCACAGACUUCGGCCUCUCGAAGGCAAUUGGAGCUGGCUUCAGCGAAGCUCGGUCUACAGUCGGCACGCGGCCGUACACGGCUCCUGAGGUUCUUAGGGAAGACUCGCACGACUUCAGUUCUGAUCUGUGGUGCUUGGGGGUGCUCCUUUUUGUCCUCCUCGCGGGACAUUUCCCAUUUUCAAAGAUUCCAUUUAAGCAGGAAGAAUUACAGGUGAUUGUUGGCAAAUUGAAGAUCAGUGACAUUUCCAAGUCUGUGGUGCUGGGCCUUCUGCAGCUAGAGCCCCGUCAGCGGACAGACCUUGCGGCGUUGAGCAGGCAUGAGUGGCUGUGCUACGAGGUGGAGUCCCCAGAUGAAGCCGAGAAGUCUGAGAGGCCUAAGCGGACUCGAUCUGUGAGUGCUUCUCCUUCCAUGCGUCCGGUCACAGCACCACAGGCGUCUUUGUCAGGGCAAGUGGUGGUACACAGCGUGCCGGCAAGGAAGCCCGCGGAGCCCGCGGAAGCCGUGGCCGAAGCCACUGGUAGCACUGAAGCGGUCGGCACAAUUGGACCGCGAACCAAAGUUGAAGGAUCACCCGCAGCUUUUGGAGCUCCCAUGCCAGAUCCACCAGUUCCUGCGGAGCAGGGCCCCGUCAUUGUUCCUCCACGUGUCGAUGUACCUCAGGUUGUCCCGAAACGUUCCAUCUCGAUGAUCACGACAGGUGAAGUUUCACCGCCAAGCACUCAGCCAGAAGUGAUGCAGCUACACAUGGUCGUGCCUGACCGGCUAGCUGGCACCAUCAUGGGCAAGAGUGGACCACAGCUGAAGCAGAUUUCAACAACGCUGGGCUGUCAAGUUCGCAUGAUUUCCCGGAAGGCGGUUGGACAACAUCGCAGCUUCGGUGACCACCGUAUCGUGAUCUUUGGCAACUAUGGCCAGUGCGUGAUUGUGCAAGAAUUAGUGCACGGACGUCUGAUGGACGCAUUGCGAGCAGAGGGCAAGGAGCCCACGACAGACACGGCAGUUGUGCUGUUCGUGCGCGCGGAGGCUGCAGGCAUGGUGAUUGGCAAGCAGGGCUGGGUCCUCAAGCAAAUUCGGAAGCAAUCCAACGCAAAAAUCCAGCUGCUGCGAGAGGAAGUACGUGGCCAGCGUCCCUGCAUCAUUGAGGGCGAGCUACAAAACAUCAUUCGAGCGGAGAAGCAUGUGUUUGACUUGGUCGCUGCUGUUCAGGUGGUACCACCCAACGCUCCCGUGCCGACAGCCACAGAAAUAGGGCAAACUCCGCGCUGGACAACCUCUGGACCUUACCUUCCACGAACGCGCAUCAGUGCAGAACCCCUCACUGGCAAAGUGGUGUUCUGGAAGGGACAGGUGGGCUGGAUAGAACCUGACCAUGCCGUCAACCAUCCCAAGGCUUAUGCCCACAAAGGGCAGCUUUAUGUACAUUCACAAGAUGUGUUGAAUGGUGAGGCCCUGUCCUCGGGCACACAAGUCCGGUCAGGCUCGCUCCUUGUGGGGCGCACCGACCUGACCGGGAACGAUGCCGGAAGCCUGUGGCAGACCGGGAGCGACGCUCCGUCCAGCAGCCUUGCGCUUCUCGACCAAUGCUCAGUGUCUGGCAGCUCGGUGCCCACAGGCAACGCAGCAUCGCCAGCGAUUGUGUUGGGGGCUCUGGCCAAGCUGGUGCUAUGGGAUUGCUUUGCACCCACCAUGCGCAGUGGUGCGCUUGCUGCAGCGCUCAGAGCAGAGGCUGGUUCGUUUGCCGCGGUUGCUGGCGAUGGGCCGACGUUGGGCUGGUCAGGGUGGAUGCCGCGGUCUCGCAUGGCAGCUGCGUCCGACAGUGAUGCCUACCGCGGUGGUCCGGCUUUGGGUGCAGGCAACGUUGCAUGGCUUGACGUCAGCGGAGCUGCGGUUCUGCAAAUGACGCCAGGCAGUGCUGCCAAAUCACGCCCAUCAUCUGCUUCUUCAAUGGCGCUUUCGCAGCGACACUUGGCUGGGAAGGAGCAACCGAGACCUCGAACAUCGUCGGCACAGUCCCAGUCUUCGGAUCCGGCUGCAGACAGCCCCUUGGAUGAGAAGCCUAAGAAGAAGAAAAAGGACAAGGAUAAGCGCAGCUCCGGAGACAAGGAAGUUGAAAAGGAACUGGAAGACGGAGAGGCAAAAGCAGAGAUCGCCGUCGGAGGCGAAAGCGGCCGCAGUGAGGAGCCUACACCACGGUCCGCUGAGGAGGCCGAAGCCAGCACCGUUGUGGACGAAGUGUCAGAGGCGCCUGAUCGGAGUGGACAGGCAGCCGUGGAAGAAGGUGGCCAUGAAGCUUGGCUCAGGGCCAGGAUGGAGAGAUCGGCAGCCUUUGGUGCCGAGGAGGGUGACCGAUGGACACUGUUCGAGAUACUGGAGAUGUUAGCCGUGAAGGAUAACCACAAGGAGGAGGUUUUGGACAGCGUUGGCUUAAGCGGCCAAAUCAAGCCGCACGACACAGUGUACCUUCGUGGCCACACUGGUCGCUGGAUGGCUGUGAAAGAUGGCACGCAGGUUGUCUGCAACGCAGCUGACCGUGCGCAAGCUGCCACAUUCGUGAUUGAAUUCAAGGGUGCCGCCUUGAAGAAUGACUGCCGAGUGUCGUUCAAGUUGGAGUCCACGGGUGGUCGUACUCUCUGGCUUGGUGCGCUGCCUUCCUCGGAUGUGGGCCUGAUGCAGAAAGGAGACGCGGGGUCCGACAAUUCCAUGCGGUUUGUGGCAAAAACCUCAAUGCCCACCCCAGUCUUAUCUGGAACGUCGGUUCAUUUCAGAUCGAUGGCCACGGGCAAGAUGAUGGAAGUCGAUGGUGCAGAUGUGCGGGCUCGAAGCAAUUCAGAGGGCACUCGACAACGAAUAGCGGUUGAGAAAUUUGCGACUGGCAUUGCCUUGCCGGAGCCCUGCCCUGAUCUGGACCUGACAGUGGAGCAGAAGGCGUGGAUCUACCUUCAGGCAGCCCAUUGCGCGCUGGUUGACAGGCAGAACCUCGCCCGCUUUCUCAGCAGUCCGAAGCCGCACUGCAAGGAGCUGCUCAAGGCGUACACGCGCCUGUGGGAAUCCGAAUGGCGGGUGGAAUGGCGGCAGACCUUGGAGAUCCCAGAGGAAAGUGCCGCCAGCUCACCUGGCAGUCGGCAGUCAUCCAGGAGUAACUCCAUCGGACCGGCAACGACAUCCGACUCUUCACGUCCACGAGCUCGAUCCCAGUCCAUCAGGAGACGCAUGAGUCGAACAGAUUGGAUCUUGGGCAUGGUGGGCGGUGUGUCAUCCACAGCAGAUGACAAGAGCAAUGGCAACCUUUUUGUGUCGGCCAUGCGCUCAUUCUUCGCUAAUGCCAUCAAGAUGUCGCAACUCGAGGCCGACCCUGUGCAGCGUGUCAUCGAGGCAUUCGCUGAGGCACUGGUUGCGGAUGCCGCGUUUCUAGCAUGUUUUGAAGCCUCGAUGCUUCCAGAGAAGGAGCGUCAGACAUAUCGCAAGCCAGAUGAGGUUCUCUUCGGCCUCGCCUACACAACGUUAAUGCUCAACACGGACAUGCACAACAAGCAGGUUGCUUCCAAGAUGUGGGACAGCAAGAAGUUCGUUGGUGCCGGCAAAGGUUGUGGAGUGACAGGCGGCCUUAUGGCCCAAAUCUACAAGAACGUGCAGAGCGAGGAGAUCUAG